AUGCGCAUCACCGUCAGCGUUAUCCGCCCCGAGCAGGCGGACUCGGACAUCAUCAACUUAGAAGUGGGCGGCGACAUGACAAUCAGUCUCCUGAAAACCAUUGUCGAAAGUGAAACUACCAUCCCACCCCAAGCCCAACAGAUCGUCUACAACAACCAACUCCUCCAAAACCCCGACCAAACACUGGACCAAGCUGGCAUCACUGAGGGCGACAUGCUCGGAGUGCACGUCACCCUCCGAUCUCCCCAAACCCAAGCCCCUCGCCCCGCCGCUUCCAGCUCCGUCGCGCCCAGACAAAACACUCAACCCCGCGGCAUGCCAGACCCCGAAACGAUCCGUCUACAUAUCCUGGGUGAUCCCCGCGUGCGCGAGGCUGUCCGCAGGCAGAACCCGGAGCUGUCUGAUGCAGCGGAUAAUGCCCAGCGAUUCCGUGAGGUUCUACUUAGGCAGCAACAAGGUGAGGCGCAGCAGGAAGCGCAAAAGGAAGCUCGUAUUGCAAUGCUCAAUGCCGAUCCGUUUAAUCCCGAUAACCAGAAGGAGAUUGAGGAAAUUAUUCGCCAGAAUGCUGUUACGGAAAAUCUACACAAUGCCAUGGAGCAUCAUCCAGAGUCCUUCGGUCGCGUGACAAUGCUCUACAUCCCCGUCGAAGUAAACGGCCACCGUCUAAACGCCUUCGUCGACUCCGGCGCUCAGGUGACCAUCAUGUCACCCGAGUGUGCAACUGCGUGUAACAUAAUGCGCCUGGUAGACCGUCGCUACGGCGGCAUUGCCAAGGGCGUCGGAACCGCCCCGAUCCUGGGCCGGGUUCACUCCGCCCAGAUCAAGAUCGGCGAGAUGUUCCUGCCCUGCUCCUUCACCGUCAUGGAAGGCAAGCAGAUCGAUCUGCUUCUGGGUUUAGACAUGCUCCGUCGACACCAGGCCUGCAUCGAUCUCCAGCGCGGCGCCCUCGUCAUCCAGGAUCAGGCUGUGCCUUUCCUCGGUGAGGGCGAUAUCCCCAAGCAUCUGACUGAAGAGUUCGAGGCCGAACCUACGGUUAAAGGUGCCGAUGGUGCGGAAGUGGGUGCCCGCACUGGUGCGGUCACGCAUAAAGCCGAGAACAACCCCAACGCUAACGCCACUGCCAAUAACAAUGCAUCCACCUCCGGGUCCGGUGCGUCAGGGUCACAGCCAAGAAUCAAUAUCCGGCCUGCGCCAGCGCCACCUGCUUCGCGGUGGCCGCAGGAUUCAAUUGCCAAGAUCAUAGAGCUGGGAUUCUCGCGGGAGGAAGCUGUCCAGGCUCUGGAUAUGGCACAUGGAGACCUGGAUCGGGCGAUUGGGUUUUUGUUUUGA